AUCUGGAAGACCAUGAGAAAAGGCUUUCAUAUAUUUUUCAUCUUUUUGUCAAGCCCCUGAUAAAUAUUUCAGCCUUGUGUGGUUGGCCACUGUAUUGAAACUUUGUUGAAUUAGCCAGUAGUGAAAGUAGUCACACAACUCCCACGUGGGCUUCUCCGAACACGGGGACUCUUCACAGCUGGACCAGGACAGAUGCACAGAAUUCCUCUGGUGCUGACAGGAUCUAUAGAGUCUAUUGAGCAUGGACUGAAAACUGCCAUAUGGUGUCAGGUUGUAGCUCAUUUUGACUGUGGCUGUGUAGCACUGAUCAUAUCUGGGGUUUCGUGGACACAAAUGCAGCAGACACACACGUUGCACUGUAAAUUUUUUGAGAAAAAAGGCAAUUGUACUGCCUUUUUGUAAGCUUGUAAUUCAAAUUAUGCAUGCUGACAUUUGAAAUCGAAAUAGAAAUAUAUCACGCUACUUGUGAUGAUUUAGUAUAACCAUCCUGUUUGGAAUACUGCCAGAGAAAGAAGUAGCUUUGCUUUAUAAGAAAGUUAUUUAAAAUGGUAAUUUACUUUAAGUAGAGAAAAAUGAACAGCAUAUUCUAUAUAAAGAUGUAAUCUUUGAGGUUUUAGUGAUAUAAUGCAGAUUUUUCAUAUUAUUUGCACAAUUCCUUUUAGCACUAAACAUUCCUUACAGUUAUGUUCUGUAAUUAUUUUUCAUGUUGAUAGUUGGUAGUGGUUCAAAUUACCUUUACAUCCACAAGGAACUGAUAAGAAACUAAGCAGAAUGUGAUUGUGGUGCUGCUUGUAGUAAAUAAUCAGACUGUGUUUGUUGACUUAUUAAAGAUAAACAUAUUUUGCUUACACUAGCUGUUUUCCACCAGUGACAGGUGUUACCAAACAUAUCUUGACUGAAAUUCUUUAGGAUUAUAACCUCUAAAUACAAUUUUUACCAUAUUCCUCUUGUUGAAAAUGGCCUAUCUGUGGCUUAUUCUAAUAUAGAUUAUACACACUAAAAUGGUACUUGUGCAUUUAACUAUUAGUUUUAACUAGUUCCUAUAGUCAAAUCAAAUUCAUUUAUGAAGCACAUUUAAAACAACCAAGUGUUGAAAAGUUAUUAAUAGCAACAAAUCUGAUGAAAAACAAUAAAAUAAAGCAAAAUAAAAGACAGCACAAUAAAAGAUGAAGUCUGUGGGUGUUAAACUGUACUUGCAUGAAAGGCCAAAGAGAAAAGUUUAAUCUUCAGCAGCGUAUUAAAAGUUUCAGAAGUCACAGCAGUUCUUACAUGAAAAUGUUCCAGCCAUGAGGAGCAGAGAUUGUGAAAGCACGAUCGCCUCUGUUUUAUGUCUGUAUCUUGGAACAAUCAAGAGCAGUAGUUGGUCGACCUCAGUGCUAUAACUAGGGUGUGAAAAUUUAAGUUCUGAUACGUAAGGUGAUGUCGACCCAUUUAAAACGUUAAAAACAAGAAAAGCACACAGAAAGCACACUAUUCUGCCAAGGCUGUUCAGUCGUUGUAUGAUUUCCGAUGGAUAAGUCCCGAUAAGUCUGCAGUGGUUGAUUUGUAGUAGGAUCGCAAACAUAUGAUAGUCAGCAGGCAGCUGACGUAGUGUUCACUUGUAGUCAUUGUUAGAUGCCACUAUCUCGCAAUGAUACAGAAAUCUUUAACAAAUCCAUGGAUCCAGACUAUAAGCCGCAUCACUGACAAAAUGUAAUGAGGUGGUCCUUGUGUCAUUUCUGACCUUCACUGAAAAUUAAAUUCAAAGCCAUUGGUCUGUUUUUGAGUAAUGUUGCUAACAGACAAACGUAUGCCGAUUGUCACAUAACUGCCACAUUCCUUGGUGGAGUAAAAAUCUAAAAAAUGCAUCCCGGCAUGGAUGUACACUACCAUUCGCAAGUUUGGGGUCACCUAAACAAUUUCAUGUUUUCCAUGAAAACUCAUACCUUCAAUCAUGUGCUAACAUAAUUACACAAGGGCUUUCUAAUCAUCAAUUAGCCUUUCAACACCAUUAGCUAACACAAUGUACCGUUAGAACACAGGAGUGAUGGUUGCUAGAAAUGUUCCUCUGUACCCCUAUGUAGAUAUUCCAUUAAAGAUCAGCCGUUUCCAGCUAGAAUGGCCAUUUACCACAUUAACAAUGUCUAGAGUGUAUUUCUGAUUAAUGUUAUCUUCACUGGAAAAAAAAUGCUUUGCUUUCAAAAAUGAGGACAUUUCUAAGUGACCCCAAACUUUUGAAUGGUAGUGUAUGUGAUCACACUUUCUUUUAACCUCUUACAAUAAACUUGGAUUUUAUGCCAACUGUGGAUACUGAAGAGAUGGUUGUUCUACGCCUACAUACAGUUACAAUAGUCCAGAUGAAAAUAUUUCAGAGGCAAAGAAAUACUAAACCUUGGCUGAAAGUCUUACCCGAAAAACGUUGGUUUUGACCACUGAGCUGACCUGUCUCUCAUACAGUAUUUGAAUAUAAUAUAUAACGAGGUAGUUUAAUCCACUUGUUUCAUCCAGGUAUUCACUCCUCUUGUGAGAUAAGUUGAUCUCUAUGGGCAUGUAACAGUCAUUCAAGGCAAACCAUCAUUUUAAGAGAAUAUGAUUAUUCAUAAAAAACUGCUAACUCAUAGACAUCUGAAAUGUGGCACUUGUUCCAAACACAAACUGCUUUUUUUCUAAAUUGUCACAAGGGAGACAAGAUUAAUAGUAUUGGUUUAAUUUUAAACACUGUGGUCUAAUUCAUUUAAUGUAUAAAAUACAAAUCUGAAAAGUAACAUUAAGUGUUCGAUAAGUCCAGUGAAGAAAAAAAAUCCAAUAUUUUAUAUUGAUGUACGAUAGUAGAAUUUAAAAAAGUAACCUAAAAUGGAAAUAAAUAUUCAAGGAAAAUUCCUCAUAAUUGUACUUUGUUACUUUCCCCUGUUUGGUAUAGAAUCUAAAUGUUCUACAUAAUCAUAAAGUCCCACGUGCUCAUUUAUUCUUUUUUUUUUUUAAAAUGAUCAACUUGCAUUCCUGAAUAGACAUUCAUGUGAAGAAAAGUCAAGAGAAAUAAUAAACAAACAUCAGAAACAGUGACCAAAUUUACAGAGUCUGCAAUGAAGUGUCUGUCGUGGCCGCCCUUUAAUGAGACACAGUUCUGUAAAGUGUGAAACACAUCGAGUGCUACCAUCUUGUUGGAUCCUGUAAACCCCACAAGUCUGGUUCUUGAAGGAGUAUUUUAGUCAGCAGGGCUGAAAGGGGAAGUGAGAGGUGGGAUUCUGGCAGGGCCAGCUUUGGUUGGCCAGAUUAUCCCUCUCAUGCAAAUGCCCUCCCUCCCUUGUUGGGUCCCAGUCAAGCGUGGGGGGCUCGGCGCUGGCCACAGCUGCUUCCCGUUUCUGCUAAAUCACACAGCAGCCAUCUGGACGAGGCUGUCUCCACACAACGCCACCAAGCUCCUCUGCCGGCCCUGAAUGAGCCUCUCCAGACAGGCCUGGCCCUCAGAGCCUCGGCCCCGGCCUUCUGCUCCAGUGGCUGAUCCUCUCUGUCCCAGCUCUCUGCUGCUGCUGCUCCUCAGAGGACCAUCAGGCUCCUCAGGUCCUGGACAAAGCACAUUUAGUGUGUGUGUGUGUGUGUGUGUGUGUGUGUUCUGGUAAUCAUCAUGUUGUGGGGACACAAUUCUGUUUACACAGUCAUGGCAUGGGGACCAAUUCUGGUAUGGGGACCAAAAAUCAGGUCCCCAUAAGGGGAACCAUUUAAAAUGACUACAGGAGCUAUUCUAAUGGUGUCUAUGGGGUUUUUAGAGUUGGCUCAUAGCACAGGUUUUUCAGUGCAAAUGUGUGUGUGUGUGAGGUCACUAGCGCCCCCACUGCGGUACUGCACCCUCUGCUCCGCACACACACUCAUUCCAAAUAUGGUUGGGCACGCCCACUUCCUGGUCCUCACGAGGAAGGAUUCUCAACAACAACAGAUUUUCAGUGUUAAAUGUCGAUGAUGACACAAAUGAGAAGAUAAAAGAUUAAUUGCAGCUGCUAAAGGGCUACAAACUUCUACAGAGGAGCAAGAGUGAAACAGAAGGUAAGCACAUUUGUAUGACAAACCAUUAUAACUACUUUUCUACCCUCCAAUUAGGUUAAUUAACUCUGGUUGGUUCGCAAAAUAGUUAAAUAAUUAUAUUUUUGUUAGCUAUCCUGCUAAUUACCUAGUCUGUAUGGCUAACUACCCUCUGAGUGUGGGUCUAAUGUCUAAUUACAGCUUUCCAAUUGGCUAGUAUUAGUUACAGUUUCAUGUAAUUUAGUAUGAAGGAGUUAUUGCAAACUAAGAAGACACUGCUAAAUCUCUAGCCUAACUGAAUGCUCUUGGAAUAUAUAGGGGGAAAGUGAUUCUUCUAAAGUUUAACAUUUAGUGUGUAGUUGGUCACAUUAUUUUCUUUUCUAGGGGCACCAUCAUUUUUGUCCAGGCCUGUUUCAUGAGUUUAUUUUUUAAAAUAAUUCUGUUGAACCACAGUUCAAAAGCAAUGUCUGAUUUUCAUUAGUAAAUUUUCAUAGAAUUUUUAUUUAUUACUUUUGUCAGAUUCAAAUUAUUUCUGUGACCAUUGUGGGUUUUUCUUUCAUUAACCGAGAGGUACCAACAAUUUUAUCCACGUGUGUACUAAAGUAGCGAUAGUCAGAAUUUGUACAAAAAUAUAAAAUGAUCAUUUCUGUCUGUCACUUCCGUUGUGAGCCUUUUAUUUUGAAAGUAAACAGGAAGUUAAGUGUCAUGUACCACCGCUAGCUUUGUGACCUCAGCAGUUGCGAGAGUACAGGGAAUGGAAAUGACGAGGACAGAGCACAACUGGCAGUGAGCUGCUGAAGAGUGAUUCGUGAGUGUUCAAUCUUUCUGGUAAGUACAUCAAAUGACAUCCAACAGACUUCUAUUUGGUUUGAAGAAAGUCAGUUAAAGUUUAAAGGGACGCCACGUAAGACGUGCGUCUGCUGUAGCUGAAUAAAUGACCUAGCGAAUUAGCUAAAACAAGCUAGUAAGCUCGGUAAUUUAGCAGGCAUGCAAGUUUUCUCUCAUAGUGAUGGUUAAUUUAUAUGAAAGAAGCUUUGUAAAGCGAAGAUGCUGAGAGAGUAGAUUAGGCUGUGGUCCAUGUCAGGAGCGGCUCUGUCCGUGUAGUUAGAAAAAUGUGGAGGUGCACGUCGCGGACAUUUUCCGCGUGAGAAGGGCUGCUCCAGAAGGCGUAGCUGCUUAAAUGAGCAACAGGCUUUACACUGCCUUUUAAAUUUAAUUUGGCUUUUAUGACAACAGUUUACAAAAAAAAACUCAUGUCAAAGUGAAGCUGAAUUUUUACAAGUUAAUUAAUUAGCUGAAAGUAUAAAAUUGAAAAAAAGUGAUUAAGCAGUAUUUACUCACUUUAAAGUGACUCACCUAUUUCAACACAGGUGCAUUCAGUUGACAUUAAAAGUCAUACAGUUUUUGAAGGUCAGUGAAUGAGUGUCAGUGACUGUAGUAUAAAGACCUGUAUCUGGAAGGUGCAGUCACUUGUGAAUCAAUGCUUCUGGAUAGAACUACACUAUGAAAACAGAAGAACCUUCUAAGAAAAUCAGUGAAAAGGUAAAAGGAGAUUUUAGACUAUAUGGCAAACAAUGAGUUGCUACAAUCAAGGCUAAAAUUGUGCCAGACACUUACAUGAGAAACACAAUUUCUGUAGUUUGUUUGCCAACUAAAUCUAGAAAGAUAGUGAUCAUGAUCAUUUAAGAGGAGUCAUGUUAAGACAGGAGGUGAACGAUAUGGACAGAAUAAAUCUAGAGAACAGGAAUAAAAACAAGUGUCAGCUCCUUCGAGUGUGUAUUUCAAUUUUGCAACACAACAUCAGAUUCCCCUUUUUUGUUUUACAUUUGAGUGUCCUCUGUUAUCUGAAGGAUUAUCUGGACAUGAGAGUUUGGAAAAACAUUAUACAGCUAAUACUUUCAAAGACAUCAAACUCAAACUGAAUCAAGUGCAAACUGUUUUUAAAAAAAUUCCUGCAGGUUGAGAUGCCACCACGGGUGAGCCCCCUUAAGGAUGCCAUUCAGCAUGUUGUUUCAAAGACUGAUAAAACAUACAAAUUAGAGGUGAAGUACAUCAAUGCAGUUAAAGGACGUGGUUUGUUUGCAGCGAGUUCGAUAUGUAAAGGAGAAUUUGUAGUUGAAUAUAGAGGAGAUUUGAUAAAUGAUGCAGAAUCCCAGAGAAGAAGAUCACUUUACCACCCAUCAUGUGUUGCUUUUAUGUUUGCAUUCAAGUGGAGAGGAAAAAUGUGGUGUAUUGAUGCCUCGAGAGAUGAUGGAUCAUUUGGGCGGCUCGUUAAUGAUGACCACAGGCAUCCAAACUGUAAGAUGAAAAGAAUUGAUGUGAAUGGAAUCCCACACCUUUGCUUGUUUGCCCUGAACGACAUUAAAGAAGGACAAGAAAUUACCUAUGACUAUGGAGGUGAAGACUGCCCAUGGAGAACACAGAUGACCACCAGUACAGCGAACGCCAGGUCAGCAGAUGAACCACAUCCCUCUCCACAAUCAGAUGCUGAGGAAGAUGAUCUACCUGGUCCCAGCAGCACUCUUCAAAAGACGACCACCAGUACAGCGAACGCCAGGUCAGCAGAUGAACCACAUCCCUCUCUACAAUCAGAUGCUGAGGAAGAUGAUCUACCUGGUCCCAGCAGCACUCUUCAAAAGAUGACCACCAGUACAGCGAACGCCAGGUCAGCAGAUGAACCACAUCCCUCUCCACAAUCAGAUGCUGAGGAAGAUGAUCUACCUGGUCCCAGCAGUACUCUUCAAAAGACGACCACCAGUACAGCGAACGCCAGGUCAGCAGAUGAACCACAUCCCUCUCCACAAUCAGAUGCUGAGGAAGAUGAUCUACCUGGUCCCAGCAGCACUCUUCAAAAGACGACCACCAGUACAGCGAACGCCAGGUCAGCAGAUGAACCACAUCCCUCUCCACAAUCAGAUGCUGAGGAAGAUGAUCUACCUGGUCCCAGCAGCACUCUUCAAAAGAUGACCACCAGUACAGCGAACGCCAGGUCAGCAGAUGAACCACAUCCCUCUCCACAAUCAGAUGCUGAGGAAGAUGAUCUACCUGGUCCCAGCAGCACUCUUCAAAAGACGACCACCAGUACAGCGAACGCCAGGUCAGCAGAUGAACCACAUCCCUCUCCACAAUCAGAUGCUGAGGAAGAUGAUCUACCUGGUCCCAGCAGCACUCUUCAAAAGAUUGUGACUGACGUCCAAACCCAAGAUGAAAUACACAAAUCUUGAGGAACCUGGUCAACUCUAUGAUUCUUCAUCAGGGAGUGGAGAGGAAUACAUUCCAGAUACCACUUCUGAAAGCGACGGCAACAGUGAUGCCAGCCUUUGUCUAAAUCCAAGACAAAAACAGCAGUCUCUUGAUCAUC